UUCAUUGCGUCGCCAGCAGAGUCGUUGGCCGCUUCGCGCACUCUUCUUGCCGCCGCCGUUGCGUACGCCGCGCCCAACCGAGGAGACCGUCGGACAGAGGCGAGCCGGUAGGGUCGCUUCAGCAGCUGCAACGGCCAGAAGAGAAAAAAAUUCGCGUGCUCCUUUCUUUCUUUUUAUUAAUCGCCGACCGAAAUGCCUCGCGGAGAUCGGGAGAGCGAUUGGGUGAGUGAGAGGGAAAAGGAGCAGUUCCGCAAACUAUUCAUUGGCGGCUUAAGCUUUGAAACAACAGAAGAAAGUUUGAGAAGCUACUAUGAGCAAUGGGGAAAAUUAACAGAUUGUGUGGUAAUGAGGGAUCCUGCAAGCAAACGUUCACGAGGAUUUGGUUUUGUAACAUUUUCAUCUAUGGCUGAAGUUGAUGCAGCAAUGGCUGCCAGGCCUCAUUCAAUUGAUGGAAGAGUAGUUGAACCAAAAAGAGCUGUAGCCAGAGAGGAAUCUGGGAAGCCUGGAGCUCAUGUUACUGUAAAAAAAUUAUUUGUUGGUGGAAUUAAAGAAGACACCGAAGAACAUCACCUCAGAGACUACUUUUCAGAAUAUGGAAAAAUUGAUACAAUUGAAAUAAUUACAGACAGACAAUCUGGCAAAAAGAGAGGCUUUGGAUUUGUAACUUUUGAUGACCAUGAUCCUGUGGAUAAAAUUGUGUUACAGAAAUACCACACAAUCAAUGGACAUAAUGCAGAAGUAAGAAAGGCUUUAUCAAGGCAAGAAAUGCAAGAAGUUCAAAGCUCAAGGAGUGGAAGGGGAGGUAAUUUUGGCUUUGGAGAUUCACGUGGAGGUGGUGGAAACUUUGGUCCAGGACCAGGAAGCAACUUCAGAGGUGGAUCUGAUGGCUAUGGAGGUGGUCGUGGAUUUGGUGAUGGAUACAAUGGAUAUGGAGGGGGACCAGGAGGUGGCAAUUUUGGAGGCAGUCCUGGUUAUGGAGGAGGAGGAAGAGGUGGAUAUGGUGGAGGAGGACCUGGGUACGGCAACCAGGGUGGGGGCUACGGAGGUGGAUAUGACAACUAUGGAGGAGGCAAUUAUGGAGGUGGGAAUUACAAUGACUUUGGAAAUUAUAACCAACAGCCUUCAAACUAUGGUCCAAUGAAAAGUGGAAAUUUUGGUGGAAGUAGGAACAUGGGAGGACCAUAUGGUGGAGGAAACUAUGGUCCUGGUGGAAGUGGUGGAAGUGGGGGAUAUGGAGGGAGGAGUCGUUAUUGAACUUCUGUAAGCUUUUCAUGGGCUUCACUGUAUAAAUAGGAGAGGAUGAGCCCAGAGGUAACAGAACAGCUUCAGGUUUUCGAAAUAACUUUGUUAAGGAAACACUUAUCUCAGUCAUGCAUAAAUAUGCAGUGAUAUGGCAGAAGACACCAGAGCAGAUGCAGAGAGCCAUUUUGUGAAUGGAUUGGAUUAUUUAAUAUCAUACCUUACUGUGGAGGAAGGAUUGUAAAAAUGCCUUUGAGACAGUUUCUUAGCUUUUUCAUUGUUGUUUCUUUUUAGUGGUCUUUGUAAGAGUGUAGAAGCAUUCCUUUGAUAAUGUUAAAUUUGUAAGUUUCAGGUGACAUGUGAAACCUUUUUUAAAAAAAUUUCUCUAAAGUUUUGAAAAGCUAUUAGCCAGGAUCAUGGUGUAAUAAGACAUAACGUUUUCCUUUGAAAAAAAUUUUAAGUACGUGUGUAGAGUUAAGAAGCUGUUGUACAUUUAUGAUUUAAUAAAAUAAUUCUAAAGGAAAUGUUGUGUAAUUAUAGAUUUAUUUAAAAUAUAUUGUAAAUUAAGGCAAGGAGUGGGUAGUAGAAGGUCCCACAAAUACUAUAAAUUUGUUUGUUGUACAUGUAAUAUGUUGGUUAGAUAAUGUUUUCUGUAAAUUACCAGAUUAAUAACUAGAUAACUUAAGGGAUAUCUCUGCAAAGAGAAACACCUUUUUAGAUCUUUUAGAUGCUGCUGCUUCCAUGGCAAGUAAAGGAAAUAUCCCCAGCGAGGUACUGUUCCAGGGACACAGGUCUAGUGCAAAAGAACUCUUGAGAACGGCAAUUAAGUUCAGCCAGUCUUAAAAGCUGUGCUGUACUUCUCCAAAGCUUUAACUACAGUAGUUUUAAGGAUGCCAACGAGAGCUGAGGGUUCUAGAGCAAAAUAGUUCUAAGCUUCAGUUAAACCACUUUAGGUAAGAUCUUAUUUACUUUUCCUUUUUUAAUAUUCAAAAAACAAGAACUAAUACUAUAUAUGACAGUGUACUGUUUCAGUAUAGUGGUUAUAUUAUCUAGUUUAACAUAGCAAUGAACCAAGUUAACAAUUGUGCACUGGAAAAUUUAACAAUUCUUGUUUUGGUUUGGGGGUUUGGGUAUUUGUUUGGGUAGUUGUUGGUUUCAUUUUUUGCUAUUAUAUUUUGAUUUAUUUUUAACUUCAGCUGCUUAACCUAUCUUUUCCCUACUGGAAUCUAGCUUUAUGCACCAUGGACAAGCAAUAGACCUGCUGAGCAAAUGAACCAGCCAAGUGUCCAUUAAUGAUUUGCAAGGGUUCCAUCCCUGCUAUGGGUAGUUAAAAUGGAAGGUGCCAAUGCUGCAGGUAACUAAUGAAGAAGUGGUCAACCACAGAAACUUCAAGAAAUAAGAUAUUUCUUUUCUCUUCACAAAAUAGUUGGUUUACUGAUUUUUAUUAAACCCUUUAUAGUUGA